GUGAUAUAAUUUUCAGCCUGCAGUUGUAAGUGUCGUUUGAUCCCGGGUGCAUCACAUAAAUCAUUCAUGAUGGGCAUUUCCUGUCUUCCAUAGGCUAUUUUUAGGAAGUGGCAGAAAGCAAAUAAGACAGGCCUACGUCACGGUUCGUCAUGUAUAUUUAAUGACUCUCCUGAAUUCUCUCUCUCUCUCUCUCUCUCUCUCUCUCUCUCUCUCUCUCUCUCUCUCUCUCUCUCUCUGUCACAUACCCAUCUCUUCUUCGUGGAUAUGGCCACCCAGCUGCUCCAUCCAUCCCAUCCGAAGACCACGUGACCCAGUUCUCCCAUGUCCUUCAGUAGUUCAUUCAGCAUGAUGGCUGCGGAUGCUGCGGAUGCUCUCUGCUGCAUCCUGCAUCCGCACCGGCUCUCUCUCCUCUUUCUCACCGUCACCCUCUCCUCUCUGCCGGCCCCAGCGGCAGCGCUGCUCGGCGUCCGGCCAGAGGACACCCAGAGCGGAGAGCUGUCCGUGCAGGAUGGGGUGCUGAGAGCGACCGAGGGGACCCGCUUCAUGCUGAGGGUUUACUACUCCGCGUCUCCAGCUACGGAGCAUCCCAACAGCCUGAAUAUCUCCGGCAGACCUGACGCCGCUCCGUGGAUCGCGUUUAUAGAGGAACCAGGUGGGGACAGCGCGGACGGGGAGAGGCGGCUCCGGUCCACUGGGAACCCUUGUCAAGAGGAGAAUGCCCGGAGCUCUGAUAUCGAGCUUCUGGGCUCUUUCAGAUCCACCUCAAGUCACAACUCCGUUUUGGUGGAGCUGCUCGCUAAAGACCUGCGCAGAGGCGAGUUGAUCAAAUACUACUCCAUGUGCGCGUUCGAUGGAGUGAAAUGGGAGCAUUUCAGCACCAAAGAUUUCUGGCUGGCGGUGGUGGAGAGACCUCCAGAGGCAGAUGUUUGGCUCCAGGCGGGCGUCUCGGUGCUCUUGUUGGGGCUGUCUGCUCUCUGCAGCGGUCUGAACAUCAGCAUGCUGGCUCUGGACCCCGUGGAGCUGCGGGUCCUGCAGAACAGUGGCACAGAGAAGGAGCAGAAAUACGCACGGAAAAUAGAGUCAGUGCGUAAACAUGGAAACUACAUCCUCUGCACUGUGGUGCUGGGCAACGUGCUAACUAAUACAUGCUUUGUGGUGUGGAUGUGCCAGAUUUUAGGAAUGACUGCUCUCUCAACUGCCUUCUGUACCUUGGGGAUAUUCUUUAUCGGCGAGAUUUUACCUCACUCAGUGGCGUCCAGGCACAGUCUCGCCAUCGCCUCCAAGACCCUCUGCGCGACCCGACUGCUGAUGCUGGUGUUUUUCCCCAUCGCCUACCCAGUCUCCAAGAUUCUGGACAUCAUGCUGCACCAAGAGAUCAGCAACUUUUACACCAGAGAGAAGUUGGUGGCCAUGCUGCGCGUCACAGACCCUUACCACGACCUGGUCAAAGAGGAGCUCAACAUCAUCCAGGGAGCCCUGGAGCUGAGGACCAAGACCGUAGAGGACGUGCUGACCCCGCUGUCAGACUGCUACAUGCUAUCGUCGGACGCCGUGCUGGACUUCUGCACCAUGUCCGACGUGAUGCAGAGCGGUUUCACCCGCAUCCCGGUCUACGAGAACGAGAGGUCCAACAUCGUGGACAUCCUGUUUGUCAAAGACCUCGCCUUCGUGGACCCUGACGAUUGCACUCCCCUGAAAACAAUAACUCAGUUUUACAAGCACCCCAUGCACUGCGUGUUCAAUGACACCAAGCUGGAUGUGAUGCUGGAGGAAUUUAAGAGAGGCAAAUCCCACCUGGCUGUGGUGCAGAGGGUGAACAGUGAGGGGGAGGGAGACCCCUUCUACGAAGUCAUGGGCAUCGUCACCUUGGAGGACGUCAUAGAGGAGAUCAUCAAGUCUGAGAUUGUGGAUGAGACAGACCUGUACACUGAUAAUCGAACCAAAAGGAGAGUAUCCAACCAUGAGAGGAAACAGCAGGAUUUUUCUAUCUUCAAACUGGCAGAAAAUGAGCUGAAGGUGAAGAUCUCGCCGCAGUUGUUGCUUGCAACUCACCGCUUCUUGGCUACAGAGGUAGAGCCUUUUAGGCCAUGUCACCUGUCAGAGAAGAUCUUGCUGCGUCUCAUUAAGCAUCCCAGCGUUGUGCAGGAACUCAAGUUCAACCCCAAGAACAAACACGGCUCUCAACACUACCUCUUCCAGAGAAACAAACCUGUCGACUACUUUGUCCUCGUCCUGCAGGGACGAGUGGAGGUAGAGAUUGGAAAGGAGGCUCUCCGCUUUGAAAAUGGAGCAUUUUCCUAUUAUGGCAUGCCAGCACUCAUCCCACCCCUGCCAAUUGGUCACAGGUACAGUUCCCGAGGCAGCGGUCUGAACCAAUCAGAUUCAUUACUGAGCGGAGGCAGUGUGGGUCAGCUCAGUGCAGGAGGAGGGAUCUACCUACCAGACUACUCAGUUCGACAGCUCACAGACCUGCAGAUUAUUAAGAUCACCAGGAACCACUACCAGAACGCCCUAACAGCAACAAGGAUGGACAGCUCGCCUCAGACACCAGACCCAGUGGAUCCUGAUGCUAAAGGGAGGCCUCCGGUCCCAGAGGCUCGCUCACACAGCAUCGCCCUUCCCCUCACACACACACACACUCGGCUGGGGCUGGCACGCCUUGCACAUCUCCAUCCCCACGGUGGCCUUCGCAACACCUUCCAGCUCAAUGAAAGAAACCGUAUCGUUCGCAGUAAAUCUGAUGGGCAGAGGAGUCCAAAUGAUACUGUGUUCCUCCGCAUGGAUGAGAUUCCCUACAUCCAUGAGGACCGGCCAGAAAGCUAUGGGGAGAAUGAUGUGCCUACAGAGUCUCAGCCAUCCACCUCUCCCUUCAUCAGCUCUCUGUCUCUGUCCAGCUCUGAGGAGAACAUCGGGAAGAAGCUAUUGCGUAAACUGAGUAACAAGAGGAGGAAAAAGUCUCGGGACGGAGACAAGAGUUUGGAGGAAGGCCCAGAGCAACCACCAGUGAUUAGCUAGCAUAGUGACACUGAGGAAGAGGGAUGAAGCACACACCUUCUUCCUCUUUAUCGUCCACUAGGUAUCCUUAAGAAAACAACCACUCCCUCAUAGACUCCCUCCAUGCUCCGACACAACUCUCACAGGAGACUGAGCCAUCCUAUCUGCUGUAGCCACCGAUAAUACUCAGGUCCCACCUCUGCCUGAAUUCACACCAUUAAAAUCAUUGCUGACUAUAAGAGGAAGGUCUGAAAAACAAAACUUGAUUGGACAAAUCUAAACAACCUAGUAUUGGAUUUAUCCAGCCUUACACUGGACUCUGUGGAUCCCAGCAGGUUUUAAUCACAUGUUUUGUAGUUCAUGGGGCAAAGUCUGUCCAUGCUACCUUUUUAUAGUAGCUCAAUCCACAUUGUGAACAUUUAAUCAUCCCAUUCAAGCCAUAUUGUGAUAUUGAAACAGCAGCAUAGUUUGUCAUUUAAACCCAACACGGUCCUUUGAUAAUAUCUGAGCCAGCUUUGAGCUUCGUUUUACUUGAUCAAACAAUGAAUACAAAAGUAUUUCUCAUUUAUUUGUUAUUAUGAGGCAGUUCCCACAUAUUGAAAAUGUUGUUUGCACAGGGAGCUGUCCUAAUGUUGCCAUAAUGGUGCCACUGACUGCCAACGCGACACACUAGCCAUCGGCUCCCACGCGACAAGAGCACAAUUUUUACACCAGGUUAAAAGAAAACAAUUACUUUCAAAAAAAGCCAUAAAUGAAUUCCCAGCCUGAAUGACUACUUAUUGUAUACACUGACCUCUCAACAAGUUCAGAGAGGUAUGCACAACUUAAAAAAACCUGGGAUAGGAAAAACACAAUUUCUUACCUGAUUUUUAUACAGAAGUGUCAGAAUUACAAAAAACUUAUUUAAAGAUAGCAAUAUAAGUCAUCUUAUAUACUGUAAAUGGCUUGACUUCAUCACCACACAACCAUAUACACAAAUACAUUCAUUAAAUUCGUCUUAACUUAAAUGCAUGUUUCCUACAUACACUGUUUUCUAUCUCUUCCCAUUGAAGCAUGCCCUUUUCUCUGCAUAUGUAGCUGUAUGGACAGUUUCAGUGUUUCUAUCAAACACACACCUUCACUUAUCCUCCCUUUCUCUUGAUUUUACCAUGUUUUUUCAUUUGCCUGUAUUUGAACAUGCAGGCGCAUCAUUACACGGAUAAAGAAUAACAUUGACCUCUAUCUGUUAUCUACCAUAUUAAGCCACUUUUCUAUGUACAGUUCAUCUCUCACAGCGUCAGUCGCUAAAGCUGCAUACACCAUUUAAAAAUAAGCUCGGGGUUUUGGGGUUUUUGGAUCUCUGGGACUUGGGGUCCAAAUGGAUAUUGUCAGUAUUCUUGAGGAAGGGUAGUUGCUACUUGCAUGUUUGUUUAAGCUGCUUUUACCUUAAAAUUAUCCCUUGUAGAAAUCUCAGUUUUUUUCCAUAUGCAUGCUUACGUAAAAGGAUGCAUGAAUAGGAUGAUACCAAUCUGCAUUAGCUUCUCCCCAAAGAGGUGCAGUGUGUGACUUACUGAAAUCUUACAUGAACUUAAAUGAACUUCACAAAGAGGGGAGCCUGGAGGCUGAACUGCAGCAGUCGAAAGCUUUUUUUUUUAUAAAUGUUUUAACAUGUGGACACACACACACACACACACACACACACACACACACACACACACGCAGUACCUGGGGGGAGUGAGUUCAGAGGUAACUGUACAUACUGAAGAGGCCAGAGAAAGCUGCUCACUGAGGGAAAUGUUAAAGCCAUUCUUAUAGAAAUUAAAUAUAAUUGCAAUAAAGAAAUUAUUUGUUGGAUCCUUCAAAAAUCAAAUCUGCAGCUGCAGCCACCAUGCGCACAGGUUGGACUGUCCUGAUCUGCAUUGUGAAAUCUUGGCAGGUACUCUGCUCAACACAACAGCGGGAGAAAGAGAUAUGAAAGAGGGAAGCAAUAUGACGCACACUGACGUCAAGCCACCACCUCCCUUCAAACACACACGCAGGUGGUGUUUGGGGACUCUCAGUGAUAUAAUUCAUGCUGCCUGGUAGGGCUAUAGAAGUACAAAGGAUACUGCACUGCUAAGCUAUUCGCAUUGACCCCUCUAUAUACACAGAACACACAACGGGAAGUCUUUUGAUCUGACAACUGACUCAGAGUGAGAGGAUUUGUGUGAAUCAGAAAUUCUCACAGCCAAAUGCUUUCAGAGAAUUUUGCAGUUGGUUUACACUAAUUUAUAUUUAUAUUUGUAAGGACUCAUGUACUGUUUGUUUGGGAUAAACAGGCAAAGUUACAUUUUGUAAUGUAAAAUUCAGAUGAUUAUAUAAGCUACCCAAAGAUACCAAGAGACAGACCAUAUGCUCAACACAAGGGAAAAUUUAAUUAUUAAUAAAUUGACUGAACUAU